AUGUGCCAUUUUCAGGUUUCCUCACACGCUGGUGGGUUCCAUUUUGUCAUAGGGUGCGGGCCCCUUACCGACUCCUCAUGCGCUGCCGGCCCUAAUCUGUCAUGGCCCCUUCCCCGCCUCCUCAUGGCUGCCCAGGUCCAGAUGUGUCAGGGCCCCUGUACGGCUCCCCUUUUGGGGUCUCCACGUCACACUCCCUUCCACUUUCGGGUCUCCUCCACUGCUGGGGGGUUCCAUUUUGCAAGGGGUGCUGUAGGGCCCCCCUUUGCUGCUGCCCCCCCGCCAACCUGGGGGCCCCACAUCUGGUUUUGGCCCCGUGACUGCCCCCAAAUGAGUGAAGGUGGGGUGAUUCUAAAAACGACGGCACUCUCUGCAUGUCAUACU